GCAUCUUGGUGCCCCAGUUUCCUCCCUUUCCCGUUCCUGGGUCAGGGGUCCCUUCGCAGCUGGGAGCCAGGGUCUCCAUUUGCUCUCUUUAAUGGGCAAGGCUGAGGAGCUACAUAUGUAAGCAGCUGAGGACCUUUUAGGAGCCACCUUCCUGGUUUCGCUGACACCUUCCAGGUUGGAGGAAACACCUGAUCAUGUGGAAUUCCAAUGCUGGGCAGCCAGGGCCAAAUCCAUAUCCCCCUAAUGUCGGGUACCCUGGAGGUUCCAAUCCUGUCCAUCCACCGUCUGUCAAUCCUGCCUUUCCUCCGCCCCCCUUUCCUCCUCCCUCUGGCCCCUUUCACACUCCCCCGGGAGCUCCCCAGGGGAAUCCAGCUUACCCCCCAGGCGGGACUCCUUAUCCUGGGCCACCACCAGCGUAUCCAGGAUACCAACCAGCAGGUCCCUAUCCCCCUCCAUAUCCACCACCUGCCCCUGGCAUGCCUCCUAUUAAUCCCUUGGCUCCUGGCAUGCUAGCACCAGGAAUGGUGAGUGAUAAGAAGAUGCGGAAGAAAAUGAAGAAAGCUCAAAAAAAGGCGCAUAAGCACCAUAAGCAUGGCAAGCACUCCUCCUCCUCUUCCAGCAGUGACUCUGACUGAAUACAGAGUCUGGACCCUCCCGGCAAGUCUCUCCAGUUCUGCUCUCCCAUCAAGCUUCAAUGCCAUCGUGCACUGGGGAAAAUUAGCCAUUGUGUUCCUCAACCCCUGUACCCCAAUCUGAGCCUUACUCUUGCUAUUCAGCAUUAACUGCUUAGGGGAAGUGGGAAAAUAAUUGCUAUGAGCUGAAACCGGUUUGGCUUAGCGGACAGAGCUUUGGCCUGCGGACUGAAAGAUCCCAGGUUCAAUUCUGGUCAAGGGCAUAUACCUUGGUUGCAGGCACAUCCCC